AUGGCGGCCAGUGAGGCGAGAAAUAAAGUGUUAGCAAAACUGAAUGCAAUUGCCGACGUAGAAAUCGACGAUAAAGGAAAAUUUAAGUAUAUUCUUAUAAGAAUCAAAGACAGUAACGAUGACAGUGUUUCAAAAUGCAUUGUUCGGGGAUACAGAAGGGCAGACUAUCACGCUGAUAUCUUAGAGGAGGUUCAACCUAGAAUAGAAGCUCUAGGGCUUGUUGCUGUAUGUCUUGGUGGAGGAAGAAUUGAUCACCAACCAGGAAGCAAUAGUAUUAUGGUCUAUGGAUAUUCUAUGGGAUUUGGACGAGCAGAUCACCAAGAAACUGUCAGGAUAUUACAAGCUAACUAUCCUUCAUACAACAUAUCUUGGUCAAAUGAUGGGUAUUGAGAUUGCCGCGGAGGGAAAUAUGGCUUAACCAGGGCAUAAUGAAACUGGGUCGUYGAAGAACAAGGACAAUGUAUACUUAGAUGAAAUUAAGUGACAAUGAAUUYCCUUGUAAUAGACUUCCUCAGUAUUUUACAAUGUUUGCGAGCUUUUCUGAAAUACAAAAUCAUGGUGCA